AUGUCAUCCGAAGGAAGCAUGGGGGCUGGGAUACCCCGAGGUUGCCCAAGCCUAAACAACACAACUUCAGAUGCAGUGGUCGAGUUCAAACCACAGAUGGCAAACAACAAGCAAGGGAAACGGUCUCAAAGACUAAACGAAAUAGAUGGGAAUCAUCCAUCUUCUGCUACGGAUGGAAAAUCAAAGCCAAAAAGACGUGAGGCCACGCUGAAAAAAUUUACAUCCUUUGAUGGAGCUAUCCCAACCCAAAAAAGGAUGAUCAAGUCGGCCACAACAUCCAACAUUGCAUCGGCAAGUUCUACUGCACGUGUGAAGCAGCCACAAUGUGGGUCUCAGCAACCAACUGAACUACAGCUUGAAUUAAGAGGAACACAAACAAAGCUUUUAUCCCAUUCACAGUGUCGCUUAAUCUCCCCCACGUUCGCGCACCACAUUUCAGAAUCGAUGCUUGGCUCAGCGGAGAACAUUCAGAAGGGAAAUGGUGGGGCUGUUGUGAAGGGUAAUCCACGUUCUUUGUCCACGUCAACAAAGCGAGAAGAAAGUGCGAACUUCAGGCGAAUCCCUACACCAACACAUGCGCGCUCUGGAUCCAGAACUGGAACUCCUCAUAAGUUAUUGGAUCGCGCUGAAUUUGGUUCUGAGACAGAAUCUCACCUAGAUAUGCAAGUGACAUACCAUCAAGAGCGAAGUUCAUCUCGUUGGUCACUGUCCACCUCGAUAAACAAUCCACAAUCCAGGCCGAAUAGUCCAGUGGACGCUUUUCUCCAAGAUCCUCUGAGGUCAUCCAACAACGUCCAGUCCGCUAAAAUAAUAAAACCAACACCAGAUUCGGAGAUUAUGGUGCAUCCACAAAAGCCGUUGUCGGGCGGAUGCUCGGGUCGGAAAGCAGUUACAACUGACGCUAUGUUGUACAGCUCUCCAAGCGGUGAUUCGGGUCUGUCAUCCGGGAGCGAACUCGAUCAUCUUAUCGCCCGACUCACGGAAUUCCCCCAGCUUCUUUCUAAUGCCUCCCAAAAUCCAAAGGACCCACUUGAGAUAAAAGGAAGGGAAAUGGUCCACGACUAUUCAACUGAAACGGUUUGCCAGAGAGUAACUGACGUGGAACAAAACACUCGAACGGAGGAAGAAGCUAUUCAAAUAGCAAAUCGUCUAUAUACCACACUUUGUGAGAGCGGAAUUCACGAGAGACCGAAUUGGUCAGGGAGACCGAUGAUAUUACACACGGUCUUCGCACUGUUGGACAAACGUUCUGCAAAGCUUCACAUUGCUCUCAUCAAGAUUAUCUUUCUGCUUGGCGUGGGUGGUUCCAACCUGGUCAACUUGUGUAAACUGUUGUACGGGAUAGCUAAAGACUCUGCAAAUGACGCACUGUUUAUGGAGCAUCCGAAUACGCUUGAUGCUUUGAUCAAUACAUUGCAUAUUGGAGAAGAUUUGGACUCUGAAGUGGCAGACGAUCACCCACAGACAACGCUAGAUGCUCUACUCUUCUUAACUGGGACAUUGAAAUUUUUGUCUACCAGUCCAGUGGUAUCUGACAGACUAAACUCCCAUCCAGGCUUCAUUCCUGGACUUCAAGACGUGCACCAGCAAGUCGAAAAGCGACUGCAAAUCCUUGACCGCGAGCGUAGUUGUGACAAGAAAAGGAAUGAACCAUUCAGUCAGCUAGGAGAACGCUUGUAUCACGUACUAGUUCAGAUUUCUGAAAUAUUCUGUAAUCUGUCCAGCAAAUCCGGUGCACGUUGUAAACUCUACUGUCCUAAUGGAGUGAUGGAUCACGUGAUAGACUGCAUCAUCUAUCGAAAUACUUUGGACCCUGCCAAUCAGCACUGGACUUCAACGCACGAGACAGCCUCCUAUUUGGUCUACUUCAAUUGGAUAAGGCUAUUGGCUCGCUUGACUGAGUAUACUGACGCAUGCCACAAACUCGAUAGGGAAGUUUCUUGUCAGGCUUCACACGAAUCCUUGGCACUAGAAGACAGUCUGGAAUUCAACGGUAUGACCUCAACGAAACUCCACUCUUUGGUUAGCAAGACGAACGACAGAAUCAGGGCGUUCUGUUUGGCCCUCAAAAAUAUGUUCAACUGGUUCCCAGAUAAUGAGGAGUUCGUUGUUCGUCUGGCCUACCUACUGGGUAACCUUACGGCACGUUUGGAAAGUGCACGUGAGGCACUGUUCCCGGACAAUGAGAGCCUGAAGAACUUUUGUAACCUGUGUUAUCGGUACGCAAAAUCGCUUGACUUGAAUCAGCCAACAGUUCCCAUCAGAACAAAUUCCAUCAGUACAAAAAUGAAUGCUUGGAUCGAGUCAAAAGCUCCGAAUCAGCGACACACGAACGUACAAGCUGGCACAGACGACAAAAACUCGGAUGUUUUGGAUAAGCUUGUGCGGAUACUGGCCAACGCUGCGAUUGGCGAUGCGGUUGGGAGGCUGGCAGUUACCGGUUCGGAUUGUUUGAAUCUUUUUCUGACUGUUAUUGUGAACGAAUUCUCUCGUGGUCCAACGGAAUCGCUUCUCAAUUGUUUGGCAGGGCUGAACAAUAUCACUUACUACAUCAAUGCAGAUAGUGAACCCGAACUGGUUGCAAGGCAGUUCGAUAUCGCAGAAGUGUUACUGCGCGCACUCGCGAGCCCCGACACACAUCCAGAAGUUGUGUUAGGCUGUAUCCGCAUCCUCGGCAACUUGACCCGACAACGAAACCUACGACUUUGGCUCGUAGAGUCUGGUGGUUCAGUGCUGCUUAAGUCUAAAAAUGAAACACACACCAGAGAAACGGGUGCCCGUGAUGCUAUUUUGCAGCUUCUCAUUGAAAAUUUGGAUUCAGCGCAACCUGAACUGGUAUACAGUACUUUGGGUGUGUUGAUUAAUAUGAUGGCCGAUAUAGAUCAGCGGUCCAGUUUCCGACAACUUGGCGGACUAGCAAGGCUGGUUGCUGCCCUUCGGGACUUUGCGGGUCAUGACUGGCAACUAGCGGGCUUGGCUUGCAAAACGCUGUGGAACUAUACGGAAUCCCCAACCCAACCUAUUUCUGAAUUGAUUGACGUUGGGACGAUGCAGGAACUCUACCACCUCCUAACGGAGUUCACUGAUGAAAUUGUGGUUUCCCGUAUUCAUCAGAGUUUUCUACUCGACGAUCCUACAGCCGAACCGGACAGUGUCGAAAUUUGGCACGCAGCUUGGUCAAGCGAAUUUCUACCGGUCGCAAAUGAGUUAGCUGACCGGCUAAUCCAGCAGUGCUAAUAGCCACUCAAAACUCGAACUACGAGCGUGAUGCCCAAACAUCCAAACAGACAUCACCUGUAUUUUAGAGCAUUCUUCAUCCAGAUCCAGUCGUACUCAUAACAUCAGACCUUGUGAUAGUAGAUGCAUGCAAUUUCCGAAACUUCAGACCACUUACUGCCUCUUUAUCACCCAGAUAACUAUUUGUUAUUCAUCAGUUUGUUUGCAAUUGGACUCGCCUGCAGCCUUCAGAAUAAUUGCAGUUUCAUUCCUAUGCCUCUCAUCAGCCUUGAAAAGUGGAAGUUAUCAAAACCUUCAGUCACCUAGGACCGCCAUUUUCACUCACCCAAACUCCCGCGGAUGCAAAUGGUAUGUGCACCCAGACGUGUCAAUUGUAUGCUACAAUGAAUCAGCCAAAUCCGCA